AUGCUUCCGGUCAUCUGGUACACGAAACAUUGCCCUUUGGAAAGUAAUCAUUGUUACGUUUACCACUACAUACUACAAAUAUUUGGUGCUACUUUAAUGUUCUUUAACAUAAUUGGAUUCGAUGGUUUCACGUUGGCUGUAAUCACGGUAGCUUAUUGCGAACUAGAAAAAAUUAAAAUAAGUUUGAGCGAUAUGAAAGACGACGCAAACAAGACCGAUGAUGAAAAUAUGCGAAAAAUAACGGAAUUAGUAAAAAAACACUGCAUAGUUUUGAAUUUUAUCAAGAAUAUUAACAACGAAUUUUCAACGAUUUUAAUGCACCAAUUAGCGGCCACUUUAACUGGAGUUUGUACAGGAAUUUAUUUUUUAAUGUUAUUUCAAAACGAUUUAGGUGUCGUUUUGAGAUUUGUUCCCUACUUAUUAAGCAUCUUGGUGCAAAUGUUUCUUUAUAGCGUUGCUGGGGAACUAAUUGCUACUCAAACUCAAAGUAUUCAUUUCGCCGCUUACGAUACAAAUUGGCACUUGAAGCACCAACCAAAAACCACUAAAGCAUUAUGCAUGAUGAUGCUUCGUUCCCAAAAGCCCGAUGAGAUUAUUGCGGGAAUGUGGACAUGGAAUAUGAGGAUUUUUCUUUCCGUAACACAAAAUUUAUUGCAAACGGGAUUUUCGAUGUUUACAUUCAUGAAAACUGUCCAAUCCAAAUAA